GCCAAACAUCAUCUAAAUUUACUGUUUUCAAGUGACAACUUCUACUUAAAAAACGUUUCUUGGCUUUUGUGUGAAAAAUGUUUUUUACUUUUUCAACUCGAUAUAACACAAAAAACACUUAUUCUAUCAAAAACCAACUUUUACUUUUCAAAAUCAUUUUAAAAAGUUUUUUUGAAAUAAAACAUUUCCAAACACCCCAAUGUCAUGUGUCGGAACCGGAGCCUCAAGAUCAACCCGCUCCCAGAUCCGUUACAGCCUCGACGGGGCUCCCUCCACCCACCAAACCUUAAUCCACAGAAGAGCAAAGAGGGAAGGCCGUUCUCUACCUGCCAUGGAGAGCCUUAUCUACUCCAACCCUAUCUCCAUCAAGCUCCUAUCUAGACCAUUUCUUCCUUCUCCCCCUCGCUUCUCUCCGCCCAACUUCGUCUCCGCCGUCCACCCCAAACCAUGGUCUUGUCCGCCCUUGACUUGUGUUGACCCGCGCCGGUUUGACUGGAUCCGCUGCCGUUACGCAUCAUCUUUUUCCGAAGUGACGCCGGAAUUUCAGCAAACUCAAUCGGAUGAUGUUUCGAAGCGGGUCGAUUUGACCCGUGGGUCAAGACCCCAACAGGCUGUUGAACCUGUAUCCGACAAACAAAAGGUGGUAAGUACAAUAAUCCUCCUUUCUGCUAUCUGCUUAGUUCUCGUUCACCCAAUCAUUGCUUCACCAGCUCUAGCAUUCUUUCAAAAUGCCGCAAACACUGGUGGGCCCGCUGCAACCUCAGCUGGAAGUCGAGUCAUUAGCAAUGAAAUACUAAGUAGUGGAUGGACUGGUUUCUUUGCUGGAUGCCUACACACCCUCUCUGGUCCGGACCACCUUGCUGCCUUGGCCCCACUGUCAAUAGGCCGUAGUAGGAUGGAAAGUGCUGCUGUGGGAGCUCUCUGGGGCUGUGGCCAUGAUGCUGGGCAGCUUAUUUUUGGUUUGUUGUUUUUACUCUUAAAGGAUAGACUCCACAUUGAAGUGAUCAGGACAUGGGGAACAAGAGUGGUCGGUUUUACCCUUCUUGUGAUCGGAGCCAUGGGAAUAAAGGAAGCAUCUGAAGUCCAUACACCAAUUGUUGCCCUAGAAAACGGCUAUGAUGUGAAAACCAAGAAGGUAGGGUUUGCCACUUUUGCCACUGGGAUUGUCCACGGCUUACAACCUGAUGCCCUUAUGAUGAUAUUGCCUGCACUUGCUUUGCCUUCUCGUGUGGCUGGUGCGGCGUUCUUGCUUAUGUUCUUGGUUGGCACUGUCUUUGCAAUGGGAAGCUAUACUGUCUUCAUUGGUUCGUGUAGUCAAGCAUUGAAGGAUAGGGUCCCUCGGAUAACCGAGAAGCUUACUUGGGCUUCAUCCCUUAUUGCCAUUGGUCUAGGGAUUGCAAUUCUUAUCACCCAACAAUUUGGCUUCAGCUUGUAUUGAUUAAUUUCACCCCAACAGAGAGGCCCUUUGGUGGUCACAUUCUCUGACUUAUCAGUGAGAUUUUUUACUAGCACUAUUUUAUACGAAUGGAUGUGCUUUUUGUUUGCUGUAAGUUUUCUGAAGAUUGUUCAUUGUAAUUAUUUGCGGACCUGGGCCUGCUCAGGGUCGUCUGGUUCUAGACAAGGCAAAGGGGUCGUCUGGUUAGAAAUACCUUUCAAGCUGUUAAAGGAUAUUUAGAUACAAAAACAGACUAAAUAAGGAUUGUCAAAGCAUUUAUAGCCAUUUUGCCAGUUGCGCUC